AAUGGCCGACGAUGAUUUAGUGGCGUUAGUGGUUGAUAAUGGGUCCGGAAUGUGCAAGGCGGGAUUUGCGGGGGAUGAUGCGCCACGUUCCGUCUUUCCCAGCAUCGUUGGUCGUCCGCGAUAUCAAGGGGUGAUGGUGGGAAUGGGCCAGAAAGAUUCGUACGUUGGCGACGAGGCGCAAAGCAAGCGAGGCGUGUUAACAGUGAAAUAUCCCAUCGAGCAUGGCAUCAUCAGCAACUGGGAUGACAUGGAGAAGAUCUGGCAUCACACGUUUUACAAUGAACUGCGCAUAGCUCCCGAAGAACACCCGGUGCUUCUAACCGAGGCGCCCUUGAAUCCCAAAAUGAACAGGGAGCGAAUGACCCAGAUCAUGUUCGAAACUUUCAACACGCCCGCCAUGUACGUCGCAAUUCAAGCCGUUCUGUCCCUGUAUGCGAGCGGGCGGACUACGGGAAUUGUCAUGGAUUCGGGCGACGGAGUAUCACACACGGUUCCAAUUUACGAAGGGUACGCUCUUCCCCAUGCCAUCCUCAGGAUGGACCUCGCAGGUCGCGACUUAACGGACUACCUAAUGAAAAUUCUGACGGAACGAGGGUAUAGCUUUACUACAACUGCGGAACGCGAAAUCAUCCGAGAUCUCAAAGAGAAGAUCUGCUACGUGGCCGUUGACUUCGAGCAAGAGUUGGCCUUGGCGAACAGCUCCAAUCAAAUCGAAAAGUCCUACGAGUUGCCGGACGGCCAGAUCAUAACGAUCGGAAGUGAGCGGUUCCGCUGCCCGGAGGCGAUGUUUCAACCGUCAUUUUUGGGAAUGGAAACCUCGGGCAUACACGAAACCACCUACAACUCCAUAAUGAGAUGCGAUCUCGACAUACGCAAAGAUUUAUAUGCCAACACCGUCCUGUCAGGGGGAAGCACGAUGUUUACCGGUAUAGCGGAUCGUAUACAGAAAGAAAUCGCGAUCCUCGCGCCCGCUUCGAUGAAGAUCAAAAUCAUCGCUCCACCGGAAAGGAAAUAUUCGGUUUGGAUUGGGGGAAGUAUUUUGGCCAGCUUGACGACGUUUCAGCAAAUGUGGAUUUCGAAGCAGGAGUAUGAUGAAUGCGGUCCGGUUAUUGUGCAUAGAAAAUGUUUUUAG